CCAACUCUCUUUGUGCCCUCUCUGCUGUACUUCUCAAGACUUGUCUUCUUCCACCUCUUCUCCCCCACUACAUUACUCUUCACAGUCAAACAUCUUGAGAGAGAAAGUGGUGGAUAUAUACAAGAAGAGUGUGUACUUUUGCAAAACUUGUCUUUUUGCCACCUCAAUAUCCAGAGAGAGAAAGUCUGCACCCAGAUGCGAUUUCAUGGAAAAUGAUCAAGAUUUUGGGUUAUUUUUAUGUUCUUGAAGAAUCAAGAAAAACCCAGAUGGGAUUUAAUUGAAAUCUCGAAGAAUUUUAACGAGAGAAAGUAGAGAGAGAGUUGAAAUGGGGUGUUGUUAUUCAAGAUUAGAGAAAGAGGAAAUGGUUUCAAGGUGCAAAGCAAGAAAAAGAUAUAUGAAACAGUUUGUAAAAGCAAGACAUGCUUUUUCUGCUUCACAUAGCAUGUAUUUAAGGUCUUUAAGAAGCACCGGCUCCGCCCUCCUACAGUUCGCCACCGCCGAAACUGCCCUCCACCACCCUCAAGACCACCAUUUGCCACCUACCCUACCUUCACCUCCUCCUCCACAAACACCUACACCACAGCCGCCGCCUCCUCCUCCUCCCAUGAGUCCAACCUCCGAAACAUGGACAACAUCCACCACCAACACCGCUUCCACUCCACUUCCUCCCCCGCCACCGCCGCCUUCCUCUACAUGGGAUUUUUGGGACCCGUUCAUGCCGUCGUCCACUAGGUCAGGAACUGUAGACGACGAAGAAUGGGAAGAAACAUCCACAACCAUUGCCUCGGAAACAGCGGUGACAACCACCGUUGGCGCAGCGAGCGUAGCCGCGCCGCCUUCCGCCGUCAGCGGGUUCUCCAAGAUCUCUGCUUCCACCGCCACCACAAGCGAGAUGGCAGUAGUAGUGUCGACGAAAAUCAAAGACCUGAUGGGGAUCAUCAAAGAACUUGAUGAAUACUUCCUCCAGGCUGCAGAUUCCGGCGGAAAACUGUCGGCAUUGUUAGAAGUUCCGGCAUGUACCUUUCCCGGCCAAGGAUCAUCAGGUAAAGUCCAUGGGUAUGGAAAGAACUUGAGCCCAUUAUUCAGCUCAUGGAGCUCAUCCCAGAAGUUAAACAUGUUUGGAAAGUUCGGUUGUGAUGACAUGGCAGGAGUUAGUGCAAUUGGUGGUGGUCUUAUUUCCGGAAGCCAUUGUUCUACGGUGGAGAGACUAUAUGCAUGGGAGAAGAAGCUGUGCCAAGAGGUUAAGAGUGUGGAAAGUUUAAAGUUGGAGCAUGCAAAGAGGGCAGAACAAUUAAGGAAAAUGGAGAUUAAGAGAGCCGAUUAUAUGAAGACUGAAAAAGCCAAGAAAGAGGUCGAGAAAUUGGAGUCAAGAAUGAUGGUUUCUUCUCAAUCGAUUGAGUCAACCUCUGAUGAAAUAGUCAAACUCCGGGAAGAAGAGCUUUAUCCCCAACUUGUUGAGCUUGUUAAAGGAUUAAUGGGCAUGUGGAGAAGUUUAUACGAAAGCCACCAAGUCCAAAUGCACAUAGUCCAACAACUCAAAUACCUCCACAUCAUCCCAUCAACGGACCCCACUUCCGAGAUCCACCGCCAGGCUGUCCUCCAGCUGGAGCUCGAGGUCCAACAAUGGCACAUAUCCUUCUGCAACCUUAUAAAAAGUCAACGAGACUAUGUCCAUUCUUUGACUGGUUGGCUCAGACUCAGCCUCUUUCAAUUUGGCAAAACCCCGUUAACCCAAACCAAACAAGAUUCCGCUAUCUACACCCUUUGUGAAGAAUGGCAUCUCGUGGUCGAUAAUGCCCCUGACAAAGUCGCCUCUGAGGGCAUCAAAGCAUUGCUAACUGCCAUACAUGCCAUAGUAGUUCAACAGGCGGAAGAGCAGAAGCAAAAGAAAAGGUCAGAAUCGUCAUUUAAGGAGCUCGAGAAAAAAAUGGGGGAGCUUCGGGCUCUUGAACGGAAGUUUGGCCCGUUCUCUGGGUCCUCUAACGGGAAGGACCCGGUUGGGGAUAAACGGGCCAAAGUGGAGUUGUUGAGGGCAAAAACGGAAGAAGAGAGGGGCAAAUUUGAGAAAUUAAUUGGUGUGACAAGAGCGAUGACUUUGAGUAACAUGCAAAUUGGAUUACCGCAUGUUUUUCAAGCUGUUACGGGUUUUGCUAAUGUGUGGACACAUGCAUUUGAGUCGGUUUAUAACCAUGCAAAUAGUCCUGAGGUGGUGAACAAUGUAAAGAGGCUAAUGCUUUAGAGAAUGUGUGUUCUAAAUUUUUAAUUUAGGUACAAGAUAAGUCAUAUGUAUGUUCGAGUUUUAAUCAGAACUUGAACAUUUGAUCUAUGGACGAUGUGGAG